CGGAAGCUCCUGUCUAAGGGGUAAACAAGAACCUGAGCGAGGAAGAAGCUGCGGGACUCGGGAGCCGCCUCCAUCUUUAAAGCGCCGGAGUCCGCCGCCCUCCCGCCCGGGAGAUGGGGGGCGUCCUGGGCCUGUGCUCCAUGGCGAGCUGGAUACCAUGCUUAUGUGGCAGUGCCCCAUGUCUGCUGUGCCGAUGCUGCCCCAGUGGAAACAACUCCACCAUAACUAGGCUGAUUUAUGCCUUCAUCUUGCUCCUUGGAGUGAGUGUUGCCUGUGUCAUGCUAAUGCCAGGAAUGGAGGAACAGCUGAAGAAGAUUCCUGGAUUUUGUGAUGGAGGGACUGGAACAACUAUUCCUGGUGUGCAUGGUCAUGUGAAUUGUGAUGUCUUAGUCGGAUACAAAGCAGUGUACCGUGUGUGCUUUGGUAUGGCCAUGUUCUUCCUUCUGUUCUCCUUGUUGAUGAUCAAAGUAAAGAGCAGCAAUGAUCCAAGAGCAGCAGUGCACAAUGGAUUCUGGUUCUUCAAGUUUGCUAUAGCAAUAGCAAUUAAUGUUGGAGCUUUUUUCAUCCCAGAGGGACCCUUUACGACUGUGUGGUUUUACGUCGGCAUGGCUGGGGCCUUCUGCUUCAUUCUUAUUCAGCUGGUCCUGCUUAUUGACUUUGCUCACUCUUGGAAUGAAUCUUGGGUUGAAAAAAUGGAGGAAGGAAAUUCAAGAUGCUGGUAUGCAGCUCUGUUGUCAGCUACGGCUCUAAAUUACCUGCUGUCUCUGGUUGCUGUUGUCUUGUUUUAUGUUUAUUACACUCAUCCAGAAGGCUGCUCUGAAAAUAAGGCAUUCAUCAGUGUUAAUAUGUUGCUGUGUAUUGGCGCCUCUGUAAUGUCAAUUCUGCCUAAGAUCCAGGAGUCUCAGCCAAGAUCUGGUUUGUUGCAGUCUUCAGUGAUCACCAUUUAUACAAUGUAUUUAACCUGGUCAGCUAUGACCAAUGAACCAGAAAGGAAGUGCAAUCCAAGCUUGCUGCGCAUGAUUGGCUACAACACCACCACCAUUCCAAGCCAAGGUCAGGUCGUCCAGUGGUGGGAUGCACAAGGAAUUGUAGGACUUAUUCUGUUUUUGCUGUGUGUUCUGUAUUCAAGCAUCCGGACAUCCAGUAACAGCCAGGUUAACAAACUGACGCUAACCAAUGAUGAAUCAACACUGAUAGAAGAUGGAGUACCCCGAAGUGAUGGCUCUUUGGAUGAUGGAGAUGAUGGCCACCGUGCUGUAGAUAAUGAACGGGAUGGAGUUACUUACAGUUAUUCCUUCUUUCAUUUCAUGCUUUUCCUGGCCUCAUUGUAUAUCAUGAUGACCCUCACCAACUGGUACAGUCCUGACUCUUCCUAUGAGACAAUGAUUAGUAAAUGGCCAUCUGUCUGGGUGAAGAUAUCUUCCAGCUGGAUUGGCAUUGUGCUGUACGUGUGGACUCUGGUGGCUCCGCUGGUUCUUACAAACCGGGACUUUGACUGAGCUAUGCUUCUCCUCUGAAGGCUUCAGUUCAUUUCACCACUUGUUGAAACUAACAGUAUUCCAGACUAAAAUGUAGUUGUAAAUAUGGGUGUGCUUAGUGCCCAUGUAGUAGACCAUGCCUUGUUCUGCAUGAUUACCUUUAGAUCAUGUCCUCUUGCCCUUUUACUAAAUGACUUUUCUAGCCAAGCUCAGUGAUUAAUUACUAUAUUGGUUUUUAUAGGAGUACUUUAGGUUUAGUGCUGUGGGUGAGGUAGAUGUAAAAUCAGUCAGUUUGUGUUCCCCUGCCUCCCCCAAUGCUGCAAAUAGCAAAGGGUGCAAGAACUGGCUUGGAACUUUAAUUAAACAGGAUUUUUAGGAGGAAUUUUAAGGAAGUUAGGGCUACUUUUGACAAUUCAUGUUGCCUUGUUUUCAAAGUCAGCCUUCACUAAGUAUUGAGCAUUUAGGCCAAUUAAAAUGGUGCAUGUUACACUUCUAUCUGAUACCUUGCAGCCCUUUGGCUUGGUCUUGUUUUCAGCGCAAUAUAUAUUAAUGCAUUCAGCUUGAGUGCUAAUUGCAGGAAUUUGAACCUAUAUGCUCAGAAGUUAAUAUUCUCUUUGGAGUUAGUGUUAGAUGUGCCCUAUUGCUGACAAAAGGACACAGGAAAAACAAACAUGCUGUGAAAAUUUGGCCCCAGGAGUCAGAUGUAUAUUUUAAACCUGUGUCAAAGUAUUUUUUAAAUACUUUAUAUAUUGCUAAGUUAUACUCUGGCUCUAAUCAAGCUGAGAAUUUGCAAGGAAAGUAGCAAGCCUCUUUGCAAAGGAUGAGUCACUUGCUGGGUAUGACAGCAAAUGCUUAUGAGCAGAAAUUUGGAAAAAAGGGAAUACUGAAAUUACUGUAAUUAGACUUGCAUUCUAUAGCUGGCUUCUAUAAAAUUAUUUAAUCUUUAAGUUCAGAGUAUUAGAACCUGAUCUGUUUUAAUACCUUAUGGUACCAGUUUCUGCUGGUGUCCAUUGCCAGCAGUGGACAUGUGCCUGGAAAACAGACUCUGGGCAUCAAGUUAACUAGUUGGUCUGAUUAAAAACCAAACUUUUAUAUAGUUUUGUGCAGUUCUUGAAAAUUUUAAAUGCUCUUGUGCUUGCUGCUUUGUAAUUACAUAAACUGGUGCGUGUAUGCUCUGGUGGUGAUGAAAGGAACAAUCUCAGUGGGAGUGAAUCCAGAGCUGUACUUCAGUAGUCAUCAUAUAAUCUACUGUAUGGUGUUUCUACUGCUGUCUCAUGUAGCUAAUUCUUCUCAUUUAAGUUAUUUUAAAUUGCUCAAACGCAUUAGCAUAAACUAAGUAAGACUGACUUGUUGGAGCCUGUGACCUUUGAAGGCAGAUGAAGCCAAUACUGUGUACAGUCAUUUUGAACAUAUUACCUAUCAAUAAACAUUCAGAUAAAGA